AUGGCAUUGUCUUUAAUCGCUGUUUUCUUGACGUUAACGUUUCUAACUCCGUCAACUUCCACGACCACCUCUAGACUCGACGUCCUAGGCUGGUUUUGCAAUAACGGCACCGUCUCAGACCUAGAGGCUUACCGGAGAUCUUACCAGAUCAAUCUCGACAAUACCAGAGAUGACAUGAGGAAGUACAAGUUUGGGACACACGAACAUGGAGAUCCUCCACAGAAGAUGUACUUUCUGUCGCAAUGCGUUAGCGAUCUCUCACCUGAAGAAUGUGAUUUAUGUUGGUCAAGCGCCACCGAUCUCCUCUUUAACUGUUUUCCUUCCCCCGGUGGUCGGUUUUAUCUUGACGGUUGUUUCGUUAGGGCUGAUAAUUACAGCUUUUAUCGUGAGCCUGUUACACAUCAAGACACCAAGAUAUGUGGUGGUGACCAGGACUUGUCUCCAGGAUUCAAAGGCUUAGUAAAGGAAGUGACCAAGUCCAUUGUUGAAACGGCUCCAUAUAGCCAAGGCUUCUCAGUGGCUCGAAAGGGAGCUGUUUACGCAUUAGGAAUAUGCCGGCCAACGCUAGACGAUGAGUUGUGCAAAUUGUGCUUAGCAGAUGGAGCGUUAUCAGUAAAUAGCUGCUCACCUGAUAAAGAAGGAUUUGCCUUGAAUGCAGGCUGUUACUUUCGUUACUCUAACUACACCUUCUAUAACGAACGUGCAUUGCUUUCUAUGAGUUUAAUGAAAGAACAUAUUCUGUAUGUACUGGUGAUUUCUAUGGUGUGUGUGUUAGCUAUUGCUUCUGGUUUUUGGUGUGGGAAAUGCAUCUAUUUGGGAGCUAGUCCAAAGAAGAGGCUUAAAGGUAAGAGAUUCUUUUUUCACUUGUUUGUACAUCUAAGGAUAGAGAAGGAGUCAAAGUCUGUAUCUAAUAACUCAAACUUGAUGUGCUUUAAGUAUUCAACUCUUGAGAAAGCAACCAACAACUUCAAUGAGAGUUGCAAGCUUGGUGUUGGAGGUUAUGGUGAAGUCUUUAAGGGAACUCUGUCUGAUGGUAGAGAGAUCGCUAUAAAACGUUUGCAUAUAACAGGAAAGAAGCCACGGGAAGAUAUUCAUAAUGAAAUAGAUGUGAUUAGCAGAUGUCAACACAAGCACUUGGUCAGGCUUAUAGGUUGCUGUUUCACUAACAUGAAUAGUUUCAUUAUCUAUGAGUUCCUCGCGAACUCAAGCCUCGACCACAUUUUGUUUGACCCGGAGAAGAAGAAAGAGCUGGGGUGGAAGAAGAGACGGGCUAUAAUCUUGGGAACAGCAGAAGGUUUGGAGUAUCUUCAUGAAGCUUGUAAGAUCAUUCAUAGAGAUAUCAAAGCAAGCAACAUACUUUUAGACUUAAAGUACAAACCCAAGAUCUCAGAUUUUGGAUUGGCUAAGUUCUAUCCAGAAGGUGGGAAAGACAUCCCUUCUUCCUCUCCCUCUCCUUCCAUUGCUGGCACACUAGGAUACAUGGCUCCUGAGUACAUUAGUAAGGGAAUACUAAGCAACAAAAUCGACGCUUAUAGCUUUGGAGUCCUUGUUCUUGAAAUAACCAGCGGUUUUAGAAACAAUAUGUUCCGGUCUGAUAACUCCCUUGAAACAUUAGUUACUCAAGUUUGGAAAUGUUUUGCUUCAGACAAGAUGGAAGAGAUGAUAGACAAAGAGAUGGAAGAAGAGACAGAUAAGACAGAAGUGAAGAGAGUGAUGCAGAUCGGUUUGUUGUGCACACAAGAGUCUCCACAGCUUCGUCCAACGAUGUCUAAGGUGAUAGAAAUGAUUAAUUCUACGGAUCUUGUGUUGCCCACUCCUACUAAACCACCUUUCCUUCAUGAUUCCAUGUAG